UCUCGGACGUUAAAUCACGAUUCCCAUCAGGCUGUGUUUCUGACAUUUCUUUCUCCUCGUUUCCAGCAACUGCUGGAUGAUUACCCCAAGUGUUUCAUCGUGGAAGCAGACAAUGUCGGCUCCAAGCAGAUGCAGACCAUCCGUCUGUCCCUGCGGGGCAAGGCCGUCGUGCUCAUGGGCAAAAACACCAUGAUGAGGAAGGCCAUCCGUGGCCAUCUGGAAAACAACCCGUCUCUGGAGAGGCUGCUUCCCCACAUCCGUGGGAACGUCGGCUUCGUCUUCACCAAGGAGGAUCUGACUGAGGUCAGGGACCUGCUGCUGGCAAAUAAAGUGCCCGCUGCUGCCCGUGCCGGUGCCAUCGCCCCGUGUGAGGUGACCGUCCCUGCUCAGAACACCGGGCUCGGUCCUGAGAAGACCUCCUUCUUCCAGGCUUUGGGAAUCACCACCAAGAUCUCCAGAGGAACCAUUGAAAUCUUGGGUGUGAGGAACAUCGCCAGUGUGUGUCUGCAGAUCGGCUACCCGACGCUCGCCUCCAUCCCUCACUCCAUCAUCAAUGGAUACAAGAGGGUCCUGGCUGUCGCCGUGGAAACCGACUACUCCUUCCCCUUGGCUGAGAAGGUCAAGGCCUACCUGGCUGAUCCCAGCGCUUUCGCUGUUGCAGCUCCAGCUGCUUCGGCUGUGGAGGAGAAAUCUGCAGCUCCUGCGGCCAAAGAGGAGGCACCCAAGGAGGAGUCCGAGGAGUCUGAAGGAGACAUGGGCUUUGGCCUGUUUGAUUAAACUGCUCGAUCAAUUUCAGUUUAACAUCAAUAAAACAUGUGGAAACAUCA